CCGUGACAGACGGCGCUAGACUCUCAGAAGCUCCAGCGAGGAGAUGCAGCCUCCCCCACCACCGCAGCCCACAGCCUUGCAGUUGCAUUCAAAUCACGUUUCUCAAAAUGGCAGCAACAUGACCUUCACAGAGCAGGAUCGAUGCUUGCUACGGCUGCAGAAGGUAAUGAAGUGUGAUGCAAGAGACGUUUUGCAUUACGUCUUCCUCCUGGGCACCCGUGAUCGUGACGUCAGUGAGCCCCUGGACAGGUACUUGUUCAUUCUCGGCUUCAGUGGGCAUCAGCUGAAAGCCAGAUUCAACAAGUCGCAGCGAGAAAAACUUCUUUCGGACUUCGAUGGACAUAGCUACGACGUCAGUCUUCUUUGGACUUGCAUCAUGCUCAGCUGCUUUCGCCAUGAUCCGAAGAUGCUCUGGGUUGCGUCGCAUUUGGAAAGUCUCAUCACAGCUGUCAAGAAUUUUAGGAAUACGCUGAUGCAUGACGGGUUCACAGGCAGCCAAACGGAUUUUAUGCAGAAAAUGGAAGAGAUCCGGAAGACGUUGGUCGUCCUUCUUCGGACAGCAGGGGAGGCUUAUGACGUUGAUGACAGUACCAUAACUCAAAAGGUCCAAAAUCUGAACUUGAGCAUUAACAAAGUAAGAGACGAUUCGUUUGAUGGUUGGGAUAUAACAAGUUAUAGGAAUGAAAACCUCUUUAAUCUCAAGCUGGAUAUGAUUCUCACAGAUGGUGUUCAAGAACUAAGGUCUUUAUACUCAAAGUGGUCCCGUGUUACUCCAGUUACGUUUCUAUUCGAUGACAUGCAGCUGAAGGUCGAUGCGAUCUAUACCUCCAUCAGUAUGGUAAAAAGAGGUCCUGAUGGACGUAACCAGGAAAUCAAUUAUGAAGACGUAAUUCAGUACGCGCAGACCUCAAACACACAGACAAGUUUAAGCAACGUUGCUCAAAUAAUACUUCUUGAAGGAGUUGCUGGAUCUGGAAAGAGUACACUGGCGAAGUUCCUGAUGUCCCAGUGGGUCGCAAAGAAGACUACAAUGAAGGGCUUGGCCGAUAUCGACUUGCUGAUUUACGUGGAAUGCCGGAACUCUUCCUUGACCACUUUCUCGCACUACCUCUUCUCCCUCAUGCCCGAGACGGCGAGCAGCUUCAUGAUGGACGACCUGCUCAAAUGCGUCUUGAAUCUCCGGCUACUCCUGGUUGUCGAUGGUCUGGAUGAACUUAAUGAAAAUUCGUCAUCGUUUCUUGCAGAAAUUUUUCAGCUUAAGAGGACCGUAGAUAUCACAAUUUUCUGUACAACUCGACCAGAAAAAGUGAAACAAUUUUGGAAAAUAGUUCCUGAGGGAUUUCAGGUUACAUCUCUUGUGAUUAUGGGUGUUCCGGAGAGCAGAAGAAUAGACUUUGUACUUAAAUACCACAAUGAAAUGAAGAAAACCCACAGCACUAUCCAGAACAUUGAAGGCCUAACAAGGUUUCUAAAGUCCUCGAGCCAUCUCAGAGACCACUGGCGAUUGCCCCUCAAUUUGAUACUCGUGGCUAUGCUGUGGGCAAAGUCGUCUGCCUCAAAGGAAGACAGUCUCUCAACUACUACCAAACUAUAUACUGAAUUUCAGCGCAUAACAAAGGAGAAGCUCGUGUGUAGAAUCAGAGGGAAUAAGAAAACCCGGCAUCUUGAGAACCUAGAAGAGAAACUGGAGAAAUUUCUCAUCACCUUGUACUGGGAAGCACUUCAUAGCCUCAGGCAGGAUGACAUAUUCUUAACAGACGAGUCGACAAGCAGGCUCCGUGAUGCAUGCAAUUCAGUUGGUUUACCUAGUGAAGAAGUGUUUGGUGCAUUCUUGAUGCAGAUGAACAUAUGGACAUCAAAUGGACCUCACACACGCACCAGUUUCUUCCAUAAGGGGAUGCAGGACUUCUAUGCUGCAUUGUUCAUCUUGAAGAAACUAAAUAAUGAAAUGAUAAAUAUCCCAGCCUUAAUACAAGGAUUCCAGAAUGUCAUGGCUUUACAUAACAUUCAAGACGAUGUCCGUCAAGAAAUCACAAAAACUGUGUCAGAUAUAUUGAUAACAACUAUGGCGUUACCCUGUGCAUCUUCCUCAUCAGCAAACACAAAGAUGGGAUGUUCUAACACCAAAUGCAACUAUACGGAAUCACCUGUCGAUGAAAUUUCCCUUAAGGUAGAAGCAGACAAAGACUCGACCACAAAAGGGAAAAGUCAAGAGAGCAGAUCUGAUCAUAUUGACGAUAACGUGGCAGGGAUGAGAACAAGGGCUGGAGACUGUGAAGAGAAUCUUUUUAAGGAAAGUAUAGUAAAUGAGGCAUGUACUAACCCUGCCUCUGAGAGAAAGGCCAUUCGUAAUCAAGGAAUACGAUAUUUAAAAUCUUUAUUCGCAACAAAAGCGUUACACUUAAAAUCUGUCAUGACGUUCGCGUCUUACAUGCCAACGACAACAUCAUCUUUUGAGGUGAAAAAAGAUUCUACAACGCAGAAGACGGUGGUCACUUCAACAUCACGUUGCGGGAGGAUUGCAACGAUCUUAGAGGAAUUAUGUCUAAAAAAAAGAGAAAGCCUUGUUGUGAAUAAAUAUCAGAAUGUGCUAUUGCACCUGGGUGGGCUACUACACAACACUUCAGGGAAGGUGGAAAAGGAGAUAGCAGAGGAGCUUGUCACCUUGCUAGUUAAGAGUAACAUACAGAGCAAGAGACAGUGGCUCGAUUUGUUGUCUGAGGUGGAGUGCGAUGACGAAACUACUUGUGCUGUGGUCCGACAUGUACCUACCCUUGUUAAUGGUCUGGUGGAGGUGGACGACGCAACUGUUGAUAUUUAUGCAGCUUUGCUUCGGCUGGGUUGCCCAUCUGCGGUGAAGAUAAGGAUCAGUGGGAACGCCGAGGAUAUCCCACGCUUACACGAUUUACUAAAUGUCUUGGCAAAGAAGAGGACUCCUUUGAUGCUAUAUUUCUGGCAAGAUUUUCGACACGCCAGGUCCUGUCAGUAUCACAAUGACAUAGCGCUACAUGUUUUUAGUCGUUGUAAUGUGACAAAAUUUUCCGGUUGCCUGGACCGUCGCACAGCUACUCGUCUUCCCAACAUGGUUGAGGGUCUCUCACUGGCCAUCAAGGACGACCAGCACUACAAGGAAUUGAUCCCAGCCUUCACGGGACUUCUCUCGGUUGCGCCUCGCCUCUGCUUCCUGUGGUUGCACAUUACUUCUGACACUGAUUUCUCCAUUUUACAACCGCUGCCAUAUAUACGGGGCAGCCUUCGCCUCUACCUGAGCCACGUGGGAGACGGCGACAUCAAAUGGGCUGCCAAUACAUGCCUGGCCCUCAAACCUCCCUCCAAGGAAUAUACCAAUCUGAGAUUCCCUCGGAGUAACCUCACUACAAAGGGCUGCAGGAAGCUACUUCAGGCCCUGGUGAAAGCCCGGGUGACACUGGCCUUCGGAGGCGUGUGGGUGUCCUCGACCAACAUUCUGCACGAGGAGGAGGAGGAGGUCGUACGCAGUCUAACGAAGUCUUGCAAAGAUAUCCUGGGCUGCAAUUUCCGUCUGACUACCGAGGACGAGAUAUGGUCCAGCUAACGGUAAUAAUAAUAAGUGAUGUUCAUCACACACACACACACACACACACACACACACACACACACACGCACACACGCACACGCACACGCAC